CGAUUUGUUCCUGCCAAGAUGGCGGCGGCGGUGGCGGGCGGGCGUGUGGCUCUCUCCCGGAGCCGGUUCCGGGGCUGUUUGCUGGGCGCGCUGCUGGGCGACUGCCUCGGCGGCGGCUUCGAAGCCCGCGAGUCGGUCAGCCUGACGGAGCUGCUGCAGUUCGUGGGCACCCUCCAGCCUCCCAGGCCGGCCUCCGAAGAAGAAGUCCUCAUCUAUAGUGAUGACACAGCCAUGACCCACUGUGUGGUGAAGUCACUACUGGCCAAGCGGGAUUUUGAUGAAGUGGAUAUGGCCAAGCGUUUCGCUGAGGAAUAUAAGCGGGACCCUGACCGGGGCUAUGGCGCUGGUGUGAUUACAGUCUUCAAGAAACUCCUCAGCUCCAAAUGCAGAGAUGUGUUUGAACCAGCAAGAGAGCAGUUUAAUGGGAAAGGCUCCUAUGGGAAUGGUGGUGCAAUGAGAGUGGCAGGCAUCCCACUAGCAUACUCCAGUAUUCAAGAUGUAAAGAAGUUUGCUAAGCUGAGUGCUCAGUUGACCCACUCAAACUCCUUGGGCUAUAAUGGAGCCAUACUCCAGGCUUUGGCGGUCCACUAUGCUCUCCAGGGGGGAUUGAAUCGGGAGGAGUUUCUGGAGCAGCUGAUAGGCCACAUGGAGGAGGUGGAAGGUGAUGACAAGUCUCUUGCUGAUGCCCGAUUGGUGGGCUAUGAGGAAUUGCCCUUCUCAAAGCGCCUAAAAAAGGUCAAGGAAUUUUUGGAGAAGAGUGGUGUGCCAAAAUCAGAUGUGGUGGAAGAAUUAGGCAAUGGCAUUGCAGCUCUGCAGUCUGUCCCCACUGCCAUCUAUUCCUUCCUGCGCUGUAUGGAAUCCCAUCCAGAUAUCCCUGAGGAGUACAACAGCCUGCAACGGACCAUUAUCUACUGCAUCUCACUGGGUGGGGACACGGACACCAUUGCAACCAUGGCCGGGGCAAUUGCUGGGGCAUAUUAUGGGGAAGAACAGGUGCCCCAAAGUUGGAAGCAUAAUUGUGAAUCUUAUGAGGACACGGAGACAUUGGCAGACAGCUUGUAUGAUCUGAACUGCAGAUGAGAGAAAUGGAAUCUGGUGUACAGGUCGUCUUUCAUGUUUUGAAGGAGGUAAAACUUGUCUACAAAAGGGGAUAUUUCCUUCAAGAAAACAUGCCUAAGAAAUAAUGACUGUGGGAGAAAGAUCCCUAUUAUUAAAUGUGUUGGGAUCAGAUUUUACGUAAUGCAAUGUGUUUACGUGGUCAUUGUAUGACAAAGUGCUUGGUCUGAAUUUGGUUUCAUGGGGCUUUGGUGUCCAGGUUUUCACCUCAUAGUGGUUGCAAAGCCUCACUUUUAGACUGUACAGGGGAGGGGGAGAGGAAUAUUCUAUGCUUUGAAAGUAAGGUGAAAUAAAUUUUAAAUCCAAGAUAUUAAUGUUAUCACAACCCCACUGAUGUUAGAAUAAGUUAAAAGAGGAAACAUCAGGAAUGUUAUCUGCAUUUGCUUGGGACUUGCAAUAGCCAAGAAGGAAAACGAACUUCCUCUCCUUUGAACGAGUAAUUAGGUUACCUAGGCCCCAUCUACACUGCCAUUAUAAUAUAAACUGAACUGCAUUAUAUAGUCAGUGUAGACUCAUUUAAUGCAGUUUAGCUGCAUUGAACUGGAUUAUAUGACCAUAUAACGAAGUUCAAUUUGCAUUAUAAUAGCAGUGUAGAUGGGGCCUUAGAAUCUGAUUUCUCACAAGUCUUUGAAAACAAGAGUAUGUGCUGCCUUUAAUUUUUUUUAAAUAUGUCAUGAUCUGUACGAAUUUUAAUAGUGAUGUUUUAAUAGUGAUGUUUAUAUUUAUCAUCAUUAAACCAGAUGAUGAUAACUAUAAAAUAAAUUUUGGCUGCUGGCAGUAUAAGCUAGGAGACCAAAUGGGAUGUAUUCUGCUGCGUUAAUAGAAGGAAGCAGCUUGGGAAUAGUGAGAAUGGCAGAGAGGAGGAGAAUCUUACCCCUUGAAGUCACUCUGGUGAUGUUGAAAUCAGGACAAAGGUACUUUGGGGGGUCAGGAUUUGCUCUUUCUAUGAAGUGUUAGAGCAGCGCUUUCCAAACGGUGUCGCAACACUUUUGUGCGUAAGUAGGUGUGUCACAGGAACAUGGCAAAAAAUCCUGGUAAAUUAUGUUAUUAUCUUACAAAUCAUAUAUUUUUUCAAAAUUUAAAUGAAAUGUUUUCAUGAGUUAUGUUGUGUCAUACAUUUUAUUAUUACAAUGUAUGUAUGUGUCCGUAUCUCUUAUAAGAGGCUAGUUUAACCUCUGGUUUGCUAAAUAAAUCUGAAGUACUGUGUCUAAAAAAAGUGUGUCACCAACUUAAAAUGUUUGGAAAGCUGUGUGUUAGAGAGUAUAGGUGCCGGUCUUGUACUGUCUGGUCCAAAUUGUUUAAAGGAGUUCUGUAUUUUGUUUCCAAAGAAUGAAAAUAACCAAAUUAGAAUUUGCACAUGUUAGCCUAAAACUGCAGUCUUCCAGUACAUGUCUGGUAGCAUCGUACAAACAGACCUGUCAGCAGAAUUUCUGCGUACCCCUUAGUCCAGAUCUGCACAAUGUGGCAGUAUUUAGGGACCAAAAUUAAAUUGGCUAAACUUCCUGGAGCUGCAAAUAGGCUUUUAGCACCCCAUUUUCCAAGUAAGGUAUAACUAAUGAUUAAUUAGGAUUGUUGUUGUGUGCCUUCAAGUUGUUUCAGACUUAGGGCGACCCUAAGGCGACCCUACCACAGAGUUUUCUUGUCAAGAUUGAUUCAGAGGGGCCUUUUGUCUUCCUUCUGAGGCUGAGAGUAUGUGACUUGUCUAAGUCCAAGGUUCAAACCACUACAUGUAAAUGGACAGGUGAAAGAUGCAGACUUAGGUCUUUGGAUCAUGGUUGAAUUGAAAAUCUCUCAUUUCUUCCCUUUUAGUUUAUAUAAGCUUGAUCAAAGAAAUAGUUUGUUUUGAAGGUGGAAAUAGUAUGUUUGCAAAAGUCUUGCCUAUUUGCAGGUGGUAACUUGAAACCCAAAUAAAUCUCUCUUUGUGAAAUAAGA